AUGCUUUACGAGUACUAUGAAGCUACAAGUGACAAGGAUUUCAUGAAAAACAUGUUGGCAAUAGUCGAGAAAGAGCUGCAGUUCUGGGAGAACAAUCGAAAGGUGAAUGUUACUAUCGAUGGUGUCACAUACCAGGUGUUCCGGUACGGCACGAGGAGUAACAUGCCCCGACCGGAAUCCUAUCUUGUCGAUAUCCAAAAAGCGCUACGUGUUCCGGACAAGACGCGGUUCUGGCAGGUGAUUAAGCUGUUUGAUAGCAAUAAUUUUUUCAUGUUUGAGUGA